AUGCGAACAUUAGAGCAGUGUUUCGGCCGCCCGGAAGUAAUUAUCGAUCGCGCGUUAGAAGAAUUGAAACGCCUUCCGCGCCCGGGUCAAACUGCACAGGAGCUAAAUGCGUUCGCAAUAAAGUUGCAAAAUAUCGUGUGCAUUUUGCAAAACGUAGACGGCAAGGGAUAUCUGCAAAAUCCAAUGCUUACUAGGGAGGUAACGAGUAAGUUAAGCCCUCACUUACGGUCGCGUUGGUGUGAUUAUGCGGAGCACUACGGGAGUGCAGACGAGCCGGACAUCGUUACACUGUCCAGGUUCAUGAUGAGAGAGGCUGAUCGUGCGGUGAGUCAUGCCUAUACUUCCGUAGAGCCGACUAAGGAAUCGCCCGUAAGACGAGAGGCGCCGCCGUCGAAGAGGAUAGUGACACGCCGCGUAGAGAAUAGGGCUCGCGACGUAAAAACGUUCACCGCACAGGAGGACACCGGUAGUGCCUCUUGUAUGUGCUGCGGAGGUGAACACGCGAUAGCAAAGUGUAAAAAGUUAGCGCAAAUGGGUGUGGACGACCGGUGGAAUUGGGUAAAAGAAGACGGGGUAUGUUUUCUAUGUUUAAACAGUAAACACCGACGGUUUAAAUGUAAAGCAAAGAAAUGCGGCAUCGACGGCUGCAACGCCCCCCACCACGCCCUCCUUCACACCCGCAAGACCCGUGCACCUGAGACAUCGGCCAAACCAGAUGAGACCGUACUCGUCGCGUCUAACGUCGGUAGGAAUGCAGCCGUAUUGUUGAAAGUGUGUCCCAUUACGUUACGUGGACCACACGGUAAGGAAAUAGACACGUACGCGUUGCUCGACGAAGGUUCGACUAUUUCGUUGAUCGAUGACGACUUAGCGCGUGAGUUAGGAGCGGAAGGACCGGUAAAGCCGCUGAAUAUUAGGGGAAUAAGCAAUAGUCAGCGCGAGGCCGAUAGCAGGCUAGUCAACAUAGGCAUACGUGGAAAAUCGCGCAGCGAGAUGUAUAGAAUAAAUGCGCGUACGGUAACGAAUUUACAGAUAGGUUCGCAGUCGGUGAAUAAAGAGUGUUUACGUCUAAAGCAUUUACGCGACCUACCGAGCUCGGUUUGCUAUGAGGACGCCAAACCGAGAUUGUUAUUAGGAGCCGACAAUUGGCAUUUAAUAAUCACCCGUAACUUGAGGAUAGGGCGUCGAAGGCAGCCUAUAGCUGCACGUACGUUAUUAGGAUGGGUGAUACAAGGAACCGUGCCGCGAUUCACGUGUAGGGAGGACGGUGAAACCGUGUUACACGUCGUAAGCAGUAGCGGACGGAUAGAUAGGGACAUCCGAACGUUCGCGAGUCAAGACGAGGAGAUAACGGAACUCCUCAAACGGCAGUACGAGAUCGAUUCCAUCGGUAUCUCGCUAAGGAAUAGGCCGCGACGGGAAGAGGAACGCGCUGUCGAGAUAUUCCAGCGCACCGUCAAGAAGGUCGGCGAUCAAUACCAGGUGGGACUGCCAUGGAAGGACGACGACGUGCGGAUGCCUCCUAGCUACGAGAUGGCUGCUAGAAGACUGCGGACGAUCGAGAGGAAAAUGGACAAAUCGCCGGAAUUUCGAGACGCCUAUACCGCACAAAUAGAUAACCUCCUGGCGAAAGGAUACGCAAGGGAAGCCGAGGGGACAGAGAGAGAGGACCCUAAGAGCUGGUACCUGCCCCACUUCGCAGUACGAAACCCGAACAAGCCUGGGAAGACGAGAGUGGUUUUCGACGCGGCAGCGCGUGCGUCCGGCAAAUGUUUGAACGAUUAUUUGCUUGACGGCCCCGACUUGUUACGGAACCUACCGGGCAUACUGUUUAGAUUUAGGGAGAACGAAAUAGCUGUGUCAGCGGACAUUAGGGAAAUGUUCCUACGCGUUAAGAUUGACCGUCGCGACCAGCCCGCGCAAUUAUUUCUGUGGCGAGGUAACGAGCGAUCCAGCCCACCGCGGGAAUACGUUAUGACUUCAAUGAUUUUCGGUGCGAGGAGCUCGCCGUUUCUCGCACAUAGCGUUAGGGAUCAUAACGCGCGCGCACACGCUGAGACACAUCCGUUGGCACUUAACGCUAUCGUACGUAGUCACUACAUGGAUGACUACCUAGACAGUUAUGCUACGGUAGAGGAAGCGGUAAACACUGCGAGGCAGGUUACGGAAGUCCACCAGCAGGCCGGCUUCACCUUAACGGGCUGGAAUUCGAACCACGCAGCCCUACUAGAAGACAAGCCGGAGGAAUUAUUAGCGAGCAAGCCUAAGGAGGUAGGCUUGAGGCAAGACAGCCCAGGCAGAACCCUAGGGCUAUUAUGGAUGGCCAAUAAAGACGCCUUAACGUUCAACACAUCCAUGAACCGGGUACCGAACGAGGUGAAGACGCUGCAGAGGCCACCGACCAAGAGAGAGGCGUUGAGUGCAGUCAUGUCGGUUUUCGACCCGCUUGGACUGCUGAGCUACCUCACCAUCACCGCCAAGAUUCUGCUGCAAGACCUGUGGCGGAUGAAGAAGGUCGGAUGGGACGACGAACUACCCGAGGAGGCAGCUGAGGAAUUCCAGAGGUGGCUGCGAGUCGUCGAGGAAGUAUCACGACUGCGGCUGCCUAGGUGCUAUGCUCCUACGGGGGGAGUGGUAGAGCGUCAGCUCCACGUGUUCAGCGACGCAAGCGAACGUGCGUACGCAUCCGCGGCGUAUUGGCGAUUACGAUACCGCGACGGAACGGUUAAGGUACGAUUAGUGGCGGCCAAGGCGAAAGUCGCCCCGAUAAAGGCGCAAAGCAUACCACGGUUAGAAUUGCAGGCGAAUCUGAUAGGCGCGCGACUCGCGGAAUUCGUGCAAGGCGAGCACAGAGUGGUAGCCGAUAGGGUAGUUUAUUGGACAGACUCCACUACGGCGCUCCAUUGGAUUCAAAACGAUACGGCGCGUUACACCCCAUACGUAGCACAUAGAUUAGGGGAGAUAUCGGAGAAGACGUCACCCGAGCAAUGGAGGUGGAUACCGACCACAGACAACAUCGCGGAUCAGGCAACGCGCAUUAAUUAUACGUACAAGGAAGAGAGCGACAAAUGGUUUACGGGACCGCCAUUCCUGUACGAAGAGGAAGAUCGAUGGCCUCGACGACGGGAAGAGAAGGCAGGGGAUGAAGAUGAUGAGAUGGAGGAAGUCGUGGCGCACCAGAGCGACACCAGGAGCGCUCCACACCUGCCAGACAUCGAGAGGUUCUCUUCUUACGAGAGAUUGGUCAGGGCCACCGCUCGGAUAUUACAGUUCGUCGAUGCCAUGAGAGGAAAGGCGCACGGACUAACAUUGGACCACAUCCAGAAAGCAGAGCGGAUGUGGAUAGAGCGAAGUCAACGAGUGAGUUUUGCUGAAGACAUCGGUCGACUGCAGAAAGGAAGGAACUUGGCAACCGGCAGCGCGUUAAGAAAGCUCGACCCCAUAUUCGAAGAUGGCGUACUGCGAGCUAGAGGACGGAUUGACGCAGCCAAUGUGGACAGCCAAAUGAAGAGGCCCAUCAUCCUGAACGGACGCCACCAGUUUGUAAAGCUGCUUGUGGAGAAGGCGCAUAAGGAAGCAAGCCACGCCAACAGGGAACGGGUAGUGAACGACCUACGCACGAGAUAUCACAUACUUCGACUACGACCGACCGUACGAGAAGUGGAGCGGAGAUGUCUGCGGUGCAGGGUACGCAAGGCGACACCUCGGCCAGCGGUUAUCGGAGAUCUACCACCUGAACGGUUAGGGGCAUUCGCGCGACCAUUCACCUACACCGGAAUCGACUAUUUCGGGCCUAUAACGGUAACAAUAGGACGUAGGCAUGAAAAACGGUGGAUAGCGUUAUUCACUUGUUUGACGACGCGCGCGGUACAUUUAGAGAUAGUUUAUUCCCUAACGACGGACUCGGCGAUAUCGGCAUUGCGGCGCAUGGCGGCUAGGCGUGGGUGGCCACGGGUCAUCUACUCGGAUAACGGGACAAACUUUCAUGGGGCGGACACCGAAUUACGACGGGCGAUGGAAGAGUGGGCACCCCUGCUGAAGGACUACGCGUUGACUCGGCGGACGGAUUGGAAGUUCAUCGCGCCGGGUGCGCCGAACCAGGGAGGCGCAUGGGAGCGUCUCGUGCGCUCGGUGAAGACCGUGCUCGAAGCCACACUCAAUCAGAAGAGCCCACGGGAGGAGACAUUAGCGACGCUCCUCACAGAAGCCGAAAACACCGUUAACUCUCGACCGUUGACGCACGUACCGGUCGACAUCGACGAAGAAGAGGCAUUGACACCCAACCACUUCUUGCUGCUGGGACCAUCGAGCCUUCCAGUGACCGCGCCGUGCACGCCUAAUGAUCGUCGGGCGUGGAGAGCGGCGCAGGGACUUGCCGACGAGUACUGGAAGCGCUGGGUGAAGGAAUACCUGCCGACGCUGGUUGCGCGCGGAGACUCAAGGGACGUGCAGCAGCGCCCGGUACAAGAAGGAGACCUCGUCGUGGUGGCAGACGGGACCAUGCCGCGGAACGUGUGGCCAAGAGGAGUUGUAACGAGGACCUUUCCCGGACCAGACGGCGUGGUACGGAACGUGGAAGUGAGGACCAGGGGCGGAUUGCUGCGGCGGCCGGUCAGGAGGAUCGCCGUCCUCCCGAGUGCAGCCUAG